AUGUCGUUCGAGAAUGCAGACUUUACUCAAAUUCUAGAUGACCUAUCAAGUCGUUUUAUAAUAAAUGUCCCCGAAGAGGAAUUGUCUUCCAUAGAACGUAUCUGCUUUCAAAUCGAACAGGCUCAUUGGUUCUAUGAAGAUUUUGUUCGUGAACAAAAUUCAAGUCUACCCAGCUUUACAUUAAAAGGCUUUUCUGCAAGAUAUAUCCUUUUUCUUUCCAAAUACUUAAAUGAGCAUGAAAAGGCGUUUGGGGAUUUCAUGCAGUAUAAAAUAAGGGUUCCAGUAUGCGGCGCAAUAAUGUUAAAUCUUACUAUGGAUAAGGUUCUAUUGGUAAAAGGUUGGUCAUCACGAUCAGGUUGGGGUUUUCCAAAAGGCAAAAUAAAUAAAGAUGAACUUGAUUCAAUUUGUGCCGUUAGAGAGGUGUUUGAGGAGACUGGGUAUGAUAUCACACCAUUGAUUAAAGAAAAUGAUUUUGUUGAAAUAACAAUUCGUGGCCAAAGGAUCAGACUAUAUAUAGUGGCUGGUGUACUAGAAGGUGCUAAUUUUUGUCCACAGACACGUAAAGAAAUCAGUAAAAUAGAAUGGCAUAAUCUUUCAGAUUUACCCACUUGGACAAAAAAUCGUAAUAAAGAAUCACCUUAUAAUUGUGGUGGUGGUUGUGUUAAAUAUGGUAGCAGUAGAUAUUACAUGGUUGUUCCAUUUGUUACGAAUAAGAAAUCAUAUUGGUUAGAUGAUAACAAUUAUGCUAUAAAACCCUCGCACGAAUCAGCAAUCAUUUGUUCUGAAAGUGAUGGCAUAGAAGAGGAUGAAGAGGACGAAAAUUUGGCUUUUAUUGAUGAUCAUGGUCAUAACAUAGAGGAUGAAAACUCAAUAUUUGAUCAUACAACAUUUAUUUAUCAUAAUAUCAAUAGCAACAAUGGCAACAGUAAUAAUUACAAAAAUAAUUCAUCCGAUAAUUUUGUUGAUAAUAAAAAAGGUAAAGCUAAGGCGGAUUUAAAUUAUACAAAAAAUACAAGAUCAAACCAUGCUACUAGCACCACCACUACCACAAUUACAGCACCCAAUAACAAUAAAACAUUUGUACCAUCAAUAUUUAAUAAUUUAGAAACUCAACGAAAGAAUUCAUUGCUCAAUAUACUCCAAUCGACUAAAUCCAUGGAAUCCUCAUCGUCAUCGCUAGCAACAUUUAAUAAUAUAGAAUAUAAUAAUAAUAAUAAUGAUAAUAAUAAUACUUCAAACAACAUACCAUUGUAUAAUAAUAUACUUCAAUAUCCUAAUACUAAUAAUUUCAAUGCUAGUAAUAAUCUUAAUUCAACAAAUCAACAACAUCGUCAUCAUCAACUAUCUUUGGAAUCAUCUUCUUUUUAUAAUAACAACAAUAGCACAAACAACUAUCACAAUAAUAAUAAUUAUAAUAAAAACAAUGACAAUAGAUUAUUAAACCUCAUGACAACUUCCCAAUCAGUUCAAGGCACUUCUGCUAAUAAUGCGCUCUAUGAAGAAAUAAGGGCACAAGAAAGACAAUUACUUGAAUGGAUAACAACUCAAAUAUAA